CCGCAGAGGACGCGCGGCGGCGAGCAUGGAGCGCGAGCUGGAGGAGCUGGCGGCGCGGCCCCCGCGCCCGGCCGAGCCGUCCUUCCAGGCGCUGGUGGAGGCGGCGGGCGGCCGCGGGCAGGUGCUGCUGGUGGGCGAGCUGUGGGAGCGCGAGCAGAGCCGCGCACUGCUGCGGGACUUCGCCCGGGCCGUGUUCCCGCCGGAGCCAGGCGCGGGCAAGCCCGGCGGCGCGGGGCCCGGGGCGCCGGGGGCCGGGGCGCCGGGGGCGCAGAGGCCGCCCGGGACGGCGGCGGCGCGCGCCAUCCGCUCGCCGCUCGUCUUCGUGCUGUGCCGCGCGUCCUCGCUGACCGCCCGCGAGCCGCGGCGCCGCCUGCGGGAGAUGCUACGGGACGUGCGCGGCCGGCGGCGGGCCGGCGCGGCGCUGGUCGGGGUGCUGGUGGCCGAGGCCGGGCCCGAGGACGCGGUGGCGCCGGGGCUGCGGCUCCUGGAGGCGCUCCUGCGCGCGGUGUUCGGCCGCCAGGCGGGGGGCCCGGUGCAGGCGGCCGCCUACCGCCCCGGCCACCCGGCCUCCAGCUUGGCCGUCCAGGCGGCCGCCUGCAGAGCGCUGCAAGCUGCGGGGCCCGCGCGUGCAGUGGCAGGAGCCUGGGAGAGACCCGGCCUCCCAGCACUGCUGGCAUGCUUUUCUUGGGGUCCCUGGAGCCGGGGGAAGGACCCAGAUGCCACCUCCCCCAGUGACCCAGCUCAGGAUCACCUCCAGGACCCUGAGGAGGAGCUGGCCCUGACAGACGUGUUUCCCAAUGGAGACUGUGAGGACCCCAGAAAGGGGCUGAGAGCCUGUGAUGGAUUUGUCCACGCUCCGGCUGAGCCCGCUGCAGACUCAAGAUGAAGGCCGGACACCCGGACUGCCUGGGCUCGAACCUGCACUCUGGGGACUGGCGCCUUCUCACUGAGCCCCCUUGCCUCCAUGGUGACCUUGGAAUGGUGGUAACCACAAAGGCCCCUGCUGCCAGGGGGCUGCCGCAUUGAGCCAGCUGGGAAAACUUAUUUUCCUGGAACCUGCCCCCACCUCAUAAUUUGCUCAAUCUCUGAUCACAGUGAGGUUAUUUGUUCUUUCUGUACCUCAGUUUCUCUGUACCAUUGGGACAGAUGGCUGUCUCCUUUGAGGCUCUGUGGUGCUGUGGCAGCCUGUGGUGUGUUUGCAUGAGCAUCCAUCAUUUCAAGUGCGACUGGAAAGAACUCUGGACCAGAAGUCAUCAGAUCUGGGGGGAGUGGUCUUAGACAUGUCACUGAACCUUUGUGGCUUCUGUUUCUCAAAUACAUGAGGGGACUACCAGCCCAGGGGCUCUCACCCAAGGGCCAGGCUGCUGCUCCAGGCAGCAUUGGAAACUUUGAGUGUGUGUGUGUGUGUGUGUGUGUGUGUGUGUGUGUGUGUGUGUGUGUUGGGAGGGUUACUGUAACUAUGAGGUGCCCUUGGCACUUAGUGGUUAUUUUACAACGUACAGGACAAUCUCAAACAGCCAAUUAUUGUUCCAUCCAAAUUGCUCAUCA